UGUUAUUGGUGUGUUCCAGUAACUAUUUUCAUUAGGUCCUAUAUACCACACACAUACACUGAUACACCCAUCCUUUAUACACUGGGACAUGUAGCCUUGCUCUAGCUGACUUGCUGCUUGCUCCUUCAUUGUUUGUUUUCUCUUCUUCCUUUUAUAAAGUCCUUCUUUCUUUAUUGUGGGUAAGCGAUCACUGAAAUAGCUACACCUUAAGUUACCUAAUUCUCUCAUUGUCCUCCAUACUAUAGUACAAGAUGAUUGAUGUCCACUUCCAGCUGCCAAUCUUGUUUAGUAGUAGCUAUGUUUGUCUACGUAUGCUCCUCCUCUUAUCAGGAGAUGUUGAACUCAAUCCUGGUCCUAUGAUUGAUGAUCAACCAACUGGUGACUUAUUUGCUAAAUAUCUGGAACCACUUGAUGACUGGGAGCAAUUUGCUCUUUGUCUUCCUGGUGGGAUAACACAACUUGACAUUGAUAUAAUUAAAACUAAAGGAAACUCUUACCUCAGGAUGGAGGCAUUACAUAAGAGAUGGUUACAAGUUAAUCCUACAGCAUCAUGGAGAGAUGUCAUUAAUGCUUUGAAACAAAGUAAAGAGAAUGAACUAGCUAGAACUAUUGAAGACAAAGUGACUAAUUCUGGUCCUAUAACAGGUAAUCUAAAGGAUAUAUUGAAGACUCAUUGUGAUAAAUUAGCUCAUGCUACUAGUGCAAAUCUUUGUAAUGUAACUGAUGCACUGUAUGCUAAAGACCUGAUACCACAACAAACUAAAGAGGAUAUGCAUGUAAUGGGAAUAGCUGACAAUAAAAAGGCUAGCAACCUUGUGCAUGUCAUUGAAAAUCAGUUGGAAGCUUCUCUUAAUCCAGAGCAGUAUCUUAUUAAUAUAUGUCAUGUAUUAAUAAACCAAAAACAUCGUGCACUAACAGAUAUCGCUACCUCUAUAUUACGUCAGUUAGGUCAACCUAUACCUAUUCAGCCUACUGAGCCUAAACCUGAGCUACCACCUGCUGCAGCAGCGGUAUCAGAGGAAGUUGAUGCACCAGCUAAAGUUGAUGUAUUCAAUAUUGAUAUAAAAGAAUUGAUAAAACGUCAUGCUAGUGAUAAUGAAAAUCGAAGUGGAGAAAUACCAAUAGGUGGCACUACUAUUAAAUGGAAAAGAGAGAAAAAAUUUUCUGGAUUUGAGUUGAAGUGGGUGUGUACAUGUGAAGAUACACAAACUGGAUUGAAAAUAAAAGGUCCUCGUAAGCAAAGUCGUGAUGGUGCAUUGGAGCAUUGUCUUAGAGAGUUGUUUGAUGAAUUUAAAAAGAAACAAUAAAGUAUUGUAGCUCAUUGUACUAUUUCAUCAUGUUUUAGUAGUAUAGUUUUUAUAUAAUCCGCAUUCAUUAUAUUACCAUCUCUUGCUAUAAAAAUCCAGCUGUAAGAGUAAUAGACUGCAUUGUUAAUCAAUUGUAUGAUUAUGUUUUGAUCUUAUUAUAUUAAUUAUUGUUAGUGUUUAUGAUCAAUUUCAGUAUUAUUUAA